AUGGCUCGGCCGAAGCACAGAGUUAACACGGAUAUAUGUGCUGACUGUGGAGCACUCGGUAAGUUCCUUUUUUUCUCUUAAUAAUUCAGUUAACAUAAAAUUUUUAUUAAAUUUACUUUCUUAUUAAUAUCAUACAAUCACAUGUUAAUAAAAAAUUGUUUCUAAACUGGUCAAAAUUAAUUAAUAGUAUUUACAUUUUUUAUAUACUUUUUUACGUGUAUAUAUUAUGUAAGAUAAUUAAUUUAUGUAUAAGAAAAUGAUAUUUUAUUCAAAAUUUUUGUAUAAUUAAUGAAUUUUAUAAUUGAUACUAUAUAAAUUUUUAGAAAAAAUUAUCAUUUGGUAUUUUAUUUAUUAUUUUUUUAUAUUUAUUAUAAUUUGAUACAUUAAUUUAUCGUCAAUAAUAUUGUAUUUUAUCGUAAAAAUGACAUGAGAAUAAAUUGUAAAACUGCUUUCAGAACCAGGAUGGGCUUCAUUGAAUAGAGCAAUUUUAUUAUGCGAUGAUUGUUGUGGUAUACAUCGUAGCCUUGGUCGUCAUAUAUCUCAAAUAAAAUCACUUCACAAGAGCACUUGGCAUACAAAUCUCCUUAAUAUGGUGUACACAUUAAGUGAUAAUGGAGCAAACAGUAUUUGGGAACAUUCCCUUUUAGAUCCUAAUAAUUCAAAAAUCAGUAGAAGGAAGCCUCAAGCUAAGGAUCCUCUACAUCCAAUAAAAGCUGAUUUUAUCAAAGCAAAACAUCAACAUUUGACAUUCAUAUUACGCCCAAGUAAAGAAGAAUGUUGUAGUGAGGAAGAGUUAAGUAAACAAUUGCAUAGUAGUGUUCGUACAAGUAAUUUAGAAACUUCUUUAAGAUUACUUGCACAAGGUGCUAAUCCAAGUUAUUUUUACAAGGAAAAAGGUACAACACCUUUACAUGUUGCUGCUAGAGCAGGUCAAGCUUUGCAGUUGGAGCUUUUAAUAGCUAAUGGUGGUAAUCCUAGCAUAAUUGAUUCAAAUGGGCAGACACCUGCUGAAAUUGCCAAGAUGGCAGGACAUAUAGACUUAUCAGAUCGUAUAAUAGAAUGCAUGUAUGAAUUAACAGAUAGACUAACAUCUUUUAUAUGUUCACGUAAACCAAACCAUGGACUGGAUGAACAUAUAAUUAUUCCUGAAUGCACAUUACAGAAUGAUCUGUGUUUUGAAGGAAGGAAUAAGUUACAAAUGUUUGGUUUACAACUACAUCUUUACCAGAAAAAUGUACAGUGCCUUUUCUACCAGUCAAUCCACAACUAUCAUCAACAAGAAAUCAAGGCAGACAAAAAUUAGCAAGAUUUACACCAAAGGAGUUUGCUACGCUUAUUAUAGAUGUUCUUAUUGAGGCUCGUAGAAGGCAUAUGCUUGCAAAUAAUACAUCACUGCAAGAUCCAGCUGUUUCCAUACUUCGUAAAGAGCAACAUGGAAAAUAUGGAUCACAAAUGUCUGAUGAUGAACCAUUGUAUGAUAGUGUUGCUUCUGAUGAUGAUUAUGCAUUGACAUCAUCUGACAAUCCAGUGCCUGAAUAUUCUACACAAUUUAAAAUGGAUAACGAGGACGCUUUUGCACCAUUAGCCAAGGGACUUCCAUCUUUCGUAGAAGUUUUGAAAAAACAAUUAACUCUCUCCGAAUCUACCGUCAGAGAUCUGCGAGAACAGAUUCGUACUUUGCAGAGUACUGUAGAACAGUUAACACAGGAGAAUAAUGAACUAAAACAAAUAAUUCAUGUGAAGGGAUCCACUGAUGGAGUUAUUAAUGGUCAUGUUAGUGGAGAACAAGAACCAGAACUAGAACCAGUGCAUGAUAUAAAAACAUCUCUUACUAGAAGCAACCAGCGACCUGCGUCUAUGUAUGAGACACGAGAAGGUUUACGAAAACCAAAUUCGUGGUCGACAUCUAUUUGUCAGUCAAAACGAGAUUCAGAGACAAUGUCUCGCAGUAACACUCAAAGUUUAUGGGAAUGCGGUGCUCCCAAUCUUCCGCCGAGUGAGGAAGUUACACGAAGAACUGAACAAGUUACAAGAAGAAUUCAGGAACUAUGGAUGGCCAUGCAAGAUCCAAAACAACGAGAAGCUUUUGUACCUUGUGCAGAAAGAAUUCGUGUUGCCGUUGCUGAACUCACAGCUAUAUUUCCUCAAAAUCCUAUUGAAGAAAACAUCAGAUCUGCUUUGCGACAAUUAAAUGGUAAUACAGGUAGACUUCAAGCAGAAUGUUCUGGUCUUCAGAGAUGUACUAGCGAUAUAGAACAUAUGGACAGAUGCCUUCAGCAAGUACGUUCAUGUGCUUAUGACAUUGCCAAAGCAACAAAGCUUCUUGUUACUCAAUUUCAGACGUAACAGAUCAAAGGCAAAGUAUUACAAUUUAAAUAAUUUUUCUAUAUUUAAUGUAUAUAAAUUGUACAUAUGCUUAAUAUCAUAAUACUCAAAAUCAUCACAAAUUUAUGUAUUUAAUAAGUAUUCGUUUUAUAUUACAUAACAAUAAUUUGUUGUCUAAUAUUCUUAUUUUUAUUAUAAUGUAAAUAAUGAGUAAAUUUUAACGCAUGAAUAUUCUUAUAGUUUGUUAAAACGUAUAAAACAUGACAUGUUUCAAGAUUCAAUAUAAUAUUUCCAUAAUUUUUAAUAUAUCAUAAAGACUGAACAGCCACGAACCAAUGAAUUUUAUUAAUAUGCAAUUUAAGUUUCUAUACUUGGUUUUAUAAAUGUAUUUUUGCUCAUAUAAGCUGGUAUAAAAAUAAUAAUAUAAAAAUAAUUACAAAAUUUAUUACAUUCACAUGAUUAAAAAAGUAUUAAGUGUGAUAUAAAAAUUUAAAUAUAAAUAUAGAUAUGAAGAUUUAAAUUCUUAUGAUGUUAUUAUUAAAACCCGGUAAAAAUUUUGUGCAUUUUUUAUAAAAUUUAUUUUGCCGUACAAAUAAUUACUAAUAUUAUAAAUAAUAAUAAUCUGCCAUGAUUUAGAAAUUAAUUAAAUUAAUUAAAAAAUAUAAUUUUUAUUAACAUAUAUAUCAUAUAAUAAGCAAUGAUGUAUUUAUAAAUAAUUUAUUUUGUAUGUCCAAAUUAUAUUUUAUCAUAUGUAUAAAAAAGCCAGCUUAUAUUAAAGCAUUACAAUAAGUGAGAAUUUCAUCGCCAGUAAAAAGAAUAUUUCUUUUUAUUAUUAGUAUUAAUAAUAUGAUCGUAUAUAAAGUGAAAAUUUAUAGUUUAUAUGAUAAUCAGUGAAAAUUGGUGUUGAUGAUGCAUUAACUUUAUUUGAGAUAUUUCCAUCAGGAAUUGCUCUUACUGUAAUAUUAGGAAUAUAUGUUUAAUAGUUAAAUAAAAUUUAAAUAUAUUAUUGUUGAUACAGACUACAUUGAUAUAUUUACUGGCAAAUAUAAUUAUCAAAAUGAAAUUGUCUUUAAAUACUUUUAUCUAUCCAAAAACUAAUGUUUUUUUUUACUAUUAAAGUUAAUAUCUGCUGUGUAAUGAUAGUUUAAAAUGCAUGAAAUAUUAUUUCCUACAAUAUUUUAUAUUAUUUGAUGUCAAAAUAUUCAUUUGAUGUGAUUUGAACAAUUUUAUUUUUAAUGUUUUAAAUAUAUCAACGCUUAUUCACGAUAAAUGGUUGUGCUUUAUUUGCGAUUGUACAAUUUAUUAUAAUUUACAUAAAUGACAAUAUGCUUUUUCUUUUCAAUUUUGUAUCUUUUCUUAUAUUUUAAUUUUAAUAAAAAAUAUUGGCUUGAACUAUUACUUUUUAAUAUGUGUAUUUUUCGUGGAAAUAAUUAUAAAAUAAAUUUUUAAUUAUCAUAUACAGUUUUUAAUGAUAUUAAAUUUUAAACAAUAA